AUGAGGGGUGGAAUUCCAAAAGAAACUUCUGCUCACAUGUGGGUCCAUGAAAUAUGGAACUGCUGGUUUGAUGAAACUUUCCCUUCUUGUGGGACUGCUUCUGAGAAAAAGGAUACUGAAUUACUAAAACGAACUGAGACGGUGGACUCUCAAGAAGCAAAUCUACAAAUAGAAUUAGUUGACUCAAUGCAGCCUGUUCUUCUUGAAGGUGCAACAGUUAGUAUUGAAGAUUUAGAAGAAGAAGUAAGACGACUGACUAAGCUAAUAGAAAACGAAGAUCAUCCUUCAGCUUUUCACUACUGCAGGCGUGGAGCAAUACAAAGAAAGUUAGGCAAGUUAAAGUCAGCUAUGGAUGACUUGGAAAAACCUGUUCAGCAAGCACUCAUUCAGUCAUUUUGUCAAAAUCACGAUAAGGCCAUAGAGUGCUUACGUGAAGCUACUGCAAUUCAGCCUGAGCCUUCAAUGUUUGUUAUUUUAGGAAAAAUACAAAUGAAAGCCAAGAAAACUAAGGAUGCUGUGAGAAGUUUUAAAAAAGCUGUGAAGCUCCUGAUGACCACAGCAAAAAUCCUGCCUAAUACAUUUGAGGCUGCAGAAAUUUAUUAUCUCACAGGCCUGUGUCACAUGGAGCAGAAAAGUUUAUUACGGGCCCAUGAUGCUUUUAGUAUGGCUAUCAGACUACAUUCAAGUUACCCUGAUGCUUUUUAUCAGCGAGGGCUGUGUAGAAUGCAGCUCAGACAAGCUAAGUGCAUCCGAGAUUUCAAUCAAGCACUUGCCCUUUGUCCAUCACAUUUCCAGGCAUAUAUGAGUCGUGCUGCUUACUAUGGAAGUAAAGGUAGAUACUCUAAGGCAAUUCUGAAUUGCAAUGAAGCAAUCAAAAUUCUUCCUAACAGUGUGCGAGCUUAUUUUUACCGAGGAACUUUAAAGUAUCAAAAUAAGACAUUUAAUGCUGCAAUUGAAGAUCUUUCAAAAACCAUUGACCUCGACAAAACUUGCAUUUUGGCAUAUUAUAAUAGAGCUGUCUGCUAUCAUCAAAUAAAGGACUUCAGAAAGGCUUUGAAAGACUAUGGCAUUCUUCUUCUGCUUGAAUUGAGUAAGGAAAUAGCUUUUAAAGUGUUAAUUAAUCGUGGACUACUCUAUGUGGAACUUGGUGAUUAUGCUAAUGCAUGUGAGGACUUUAAAGAAGCAACAGUGCUUAGUCCAGACGAUAGUCAGAUCUUUCAAGCUAUUGGAAUCUGCUAUCAUAGACUUCAUGAGUUUGAAGAAGCUGUGAGAUCAUUUGAUCAGGUUCUCAAACUAAAUCCUGUUUCUGUGGAUGCCUAUGUUGCUCGAGGAAAUUCGUACAUGGAAAAUGGACAUGAGGCUGGUUGUAAACUAGCACAGAAAGAUUUCUUGAGAGCAAUUCAUCUGAAUCCAAACUGUGUAAGAGCCAGAAUUUGCUUAGGAUACAACUUGCAGGCCCUUGGAAAGCUUCAGAGAGCAUGGAGCCAAUUUACAGCUGCCAUUUGCAUUGAUCCAAAAUGCCAUGCUGCAUAUGAUGGACGAGCUUCAGUCUGUCUUCAAGCGGGAGAAACUUUUGCUGCAUUUCAAGAUACAAAUGCUGCACUAAAGCUCACUACCACUGCUCCACUCCUAACAAAUCGGGGUGUCAUCAAUCAGUUAAUGGGAUAUCUACCCUGUGCCAUGAAGGACUAUCAACAAGCGAUUUCUGUUGACCCAAGCUAUGCAUUAGCCUAUUUCAAUGCAGCAAAUAUCUACUUCCAUAAUCGACAGUUUUCACAGGCCUAUUGCUAUUAUUCCAGGGUAUUAGAACUUGACCCAAGAAAUGAAUCUGCUGUUUUGAAUCGUGCUAUUACAAAUACAUUACUAAACAAUAUUGAAGAAGCAGAAGAAGACUUUGAGAAGGCAAUUUGUCUCUGCCCAUUCUCUGCAGCAGUGUAUUUUAACAGGGCAAAUUUCUAUAAUGGAUUGAAGCAAUAUGAACUAGCUGAGAAAGACAUUUCAACAGCAUUGUCAAUUCAGCCUAAUGAUGCCUUGAUGUAUAAAUUUAGAGCUGAUAUUCGUGGUAAAUUGGGUUUCAAUAAAGAGGCUGUAGAAGACUACAAGCAAGCAAUCAGUAUUCAAGAACAGAUUGAUUUCAUGUGA